AUGACUUCACCAAACAAACACAAACGGGCUAGUCUCUUCGAAGUUUUUGAAGGACUUCCGAUUGAAACGCCUAUCUCUGCCUCUCAAAAGAAACACCCAUCUACCAAGAUUAACCUUGCAAAAAAUCUUCGCAAAUACAUGCAAUCGACUCUUCACAUUGGUCACGGAACAAUUACGCCACAAAGCAUCAAUGGCAAAAAGGCACAAUUUACAGUUUCUAUGGACGACGCCUAUCACUAUAAGAUUGGCUGCAACGACUUCGACCCUGACACCAUCUUUCCGGAAAUUAUUCUGCUGUCAAACCAACUGGCCGGGAUUCUUGACAAGAAGCUCACCGCGGGUCAAGAGGCUGCUUUCGAGGACCAUAUUCUCCACUGUUUGGCUAGUAUGGUUUAUGGGUCCAAUGUUAUUGAACGAGCUGGCAAUGGUUUGAACAUCACGCUCAAAUUAUGCAUUGCAAUCUUUCGUGGAGAUGACCUUCCGGACGACAUCGGUGAGACCGACGAAGAGUUCUUGGAAUUGAAAAAGAAGCUCCUACGGGAGAACCUCCCCUCAAACACCUCUGCAGUUUUGCGCAGCCGCUAUGAGAUUAUACAACAUGCCAAGGCUGCCCACUACAUCAUUGGUCAGCUGUGCAAUAAUGACCAAGAUCUCAGCGAGGAAAUUAUCCUGCAAACACACAAAAUUCUGACAUAUCAAAUCAACACGGCAGGUACACCAUGGCAGGAGUACAGUGGCAUGUACAGAAAGGAAGAGGUCAGUGCCGGGUUCCAUCAAUUUCCCCACCACAGUGUCGUGCCUUCCAAGAUGAAGGCAAUGAUCUGUGAGCUUGAGUCCGAUCUCAAGCAAGCCCUAAGCAAAAGCACAAUUGAUCCUGUUGCCAUUGCCUCCAAAUACACCCAUAUCUUUGUCAACAUUCAUCCUUUCCUCGACGGCAAUGGCCGGAUGUGUCGAAUGAUCUUGAACGCCAUGCUCCUCAAGCUCGGAGGCUUUCUCGUGUGCAUCGGUACCAACCAUGAGGAUUGCUCACUGUAUAUGGAAGUCGUCUGCAAUGGAAGUGCGCUAGAAGAUACAUAUGGAGACCUUGACGAAGAGGAAAAACCUAUCAUGCAUAGGGAGCUGGGAAGUUAUGUCAUGUCCCAUGUGAAGAAUAGCAUGCGAAAACUGAUGUAA